CUGGGCGGAGCUGACAGACGCACCUUAAUCGAGGGAAGACGCCGCCGGAGACACGGAACGAAAGGAAGGAAGGGACUGAGCCAAAGAGAGGAAGAGGAGCAGGUUGAAACAUACUCGGACUCCGGUUACGCCAGCGGGCCUGAACACUCUCCCGUCAUGUCGAAGAAACAGGAAAACAGCCCUGUGAAGAUCAGCAGGACCCAGGCCACUGACCUGGCUUCCCUCAUUGCUCGCAUGCAGAAGAAUGCAGACCGAGUGGAGAAGAAUAUCCUGCAGGCGGAGGAUCUGCUGACUGUGGACCAGCAGCGUGACGAGAGGAACCAGCCUCUGAUGCACCAGAAAGAGAAUGCAGACAACCUGGCGGAGGCAGAGGGCCUGCUGAAGGACCUCUUCAUGGACGUGGACAAGGCCAAGCGUCUGCAGCACCCGCAGGCUUCCGAGAUCGACCGAGAUGUCAGAAACCUCCACGACCGCUGGGUGAAGGACUGUUCCGUAUACAGAGAUCUCUACGACCAAGUGCAGGACUUGAUGCCAAAACAAAGGAUAGACUGGGGCUCAGCGCUGGAUGACAAACAGAGGCGUUUAGACACAGAGGGCUACGGGCGCAGUCUGUCGGAUGUGGAGAAACAGAUUGCAGCUCACAACAUCCUGCAUCAAGAGAUUGAGGCCUACAGUUCCCAGCUGAAGCCUGACACCACAUCUUCACAGGGCCAGUACGCCAUCCUUAAAGGAAAACACGACAAGCUUUUGGAGAGCUCCCGAAGGAGGCGCAAACACUUGGCCUCUCUGUACGAGUACAUGCAAAGCUGCGGUAAAGAGCUGGACUACCUGUCUCAGCAGCAGGACAGGAUCCUGCAGAGAGACUGGAGUGAUCGCAUGAUUGACCCUCCCACUGUUCGCAUGGAGUAUGAGAAAUUCAAAACCAAUGGGCUGCUAUCACAUGAACGUGAGGUGAACCAGCUCCUGGAGGAAGGAGAUCGUCUGUUGGACACGAAACAUCCUGGCAGCUCAGCAAUACAGGCCCACAGAGACGCAGUGCAAAAUGGAUGGCAAUCCUUCCUCAACUUGUGUCUAGCACAGGAAAAUCACCUGGACAAUGUUGAAGACUACAAGAAGUUCCAGCUGGAUGCAGAGACAUUGUCUGAGUCGCUGGACAGACUCACCUACAACCUGGACCCAACGUUUUUGGCCGGCAAGAGCAAUUCCGAGGUCCUCUUGGAUCUCCAGGGGGACGAACCGGCGGUAAAGAGGAACGAGCAACGCCUGGCAGCUCUCAGACAACUCAGCCGCAACAUAGCACCUCUGAAGCUACGACGAAGCAAGCUGACCAAGCCCACUGCGGUCGUAGCGCUGUGUGACUGGCAGGAUGAAAAAGGAGCAGUGAGGCGUGGUGAUGAGCUAACAUUAAAGUCCAUCUAUGAUAAUGCGAUGUGGGAGCUGCAAGACAGCAGCAAGAGGACCAAAACACUCCCUGGGGCGUGUUUCAAGGUGCCACCACCUGAUGACGAGGCCAUGCAAAAAGUAAACAGUUUUGAGAAGAAGCUGGCGGACUUGAAGAACAAAAGAUCAGCUAUAAUGACCUCACUGAAGACCCCCUCUGUGGAGGUGGAUCGCCCUCAGAAUGCAGUUUCCGUCCGAAGCACCCCAGAAGACCCUAAAGCUGCAAAACUAGCCGGACAACUAGAUGAGCUCAACAGCAAUCUGGAUCUGUGCAAAAUGGACAUCCAUAAACGACUGAGGGCCCCUCUGGACAACCGCAACCCAGUGCUAGACCUGGAAAACAGGCUGCAAGAUCACAAGAAAUCAGCCCAGACGGCGAGAAGGCUCGAGUCAGAGAAGUCUGCCCUCCAAAGAGACUUGGAUCCCAUUCUGGCCAAGAAACCACUUGGACCCAAUGCCUCAAUCUUGCCUCUCAAACUCGCUGCUGCCAACACCAAAAUGGAUGACAUCAACAGCCUUGUUGAUCUUUAUGAUAAAAAAGCUUCAGCCUCAAUGUUCCUUGAGAGGCAAAUGCAGAAGGUAGAAGGCACGGUCUCUGGGUUUGAGCAGCAGCUCGUUAAGGAUGGUGCCAUUCCAGACCAAACAAACGCCCUGAUGAGUCGUAGCCGUCAGCUGCAGGAUGUUCGUCAGGCUGUUUCGUUAAAGAAGGAUGACUUGAACACAUUGGGGAGAGACUUGGACGUGACAAAGCAAGUGUGUAGCUCCCUGCAGCAGAAUUUCAAUGAAUACUGCCCAGACAUUCGCCGCCAGGAGAGUGAAGUGAAACAUCUGAAGAACCGCUUCACCAGUGUCAAAAAUCAACUCCAGGAAAGGUCUACCCUGAUACAGGAAGCAACCAAUAAAAACCAAGACUUCCAGAAUGCUGCUCAGUCACUGGAUUUCUUUUUGGUCAAUUUGCCAAACAACACAAUCAAACCUACUGAUGAUGUGGCCCAAAUAACAUCCAAGCACAGCUCUCAGAAGAGAGUGAUGGAGGACAUUCAGAGGAAGUCAGAUGAUGUGCGUCGAUUCAAGGAUCUCUCCCGUGAACUCCAGAACACCUUAAAUGAAUACGAAAUCAAAUCCAACACAUACCGCGGCACUCUGAAUGAUGAUGACGAUGAAGAUGAUGACGAUGACGACGAUGAACCCAUUUUGAAAAAACGUCAAAGUUCCACUAUGGCUCAGGCUGUCCAGAGGAAGGAAAAAGACUUAUUGAACCGUUUUGCUGAGGUGUCUGCAGAGAAUGAGCAGCUUCUCAACCAGAUCGGGACAGCCAAGAAGAUCAUUCUCAGGAAUGAAGACAAAGUCAGCAGUGUAGUCGUCAAUCAGCAGCUGCAACUACAGAGCCAGAUGAAAGACAUGGAAGAGGCUGAAAUCAUAAAGAGAGACUUGAAUGAGGAGAUGUCCCGUCGCUUAGCUGCUGAAAAUGACCUGGAAACUUACAGGCAGAGAUACUUGUCCUUGAAAAGCAGGAGAGGAGUGGAGAGGUUGGAGGAGAAGGAGGUAGUAGAGUACUACCGUGAUGCCAAAGUGGAAGCUGAUCUAAAGUCUCUGAAAAGUAGGAUCAAAGAUGAAGAAUAUAAGCGGUCGAGAACCCAUUCAGAAAUAGACAUACUUAAUGAGAAAAUUAUCCAACUGGAAAAACAGCUGAUCAGCGUUGAGCCUAAACUGGUAACCAAAGUGGUAACCGAAUAUGAACGAGACCCACAGCUUCAGAAAGAAGCUGACAAGAUGCAGAGUGAAAUACAGAGAAUACGCCUGGAGCUCCAGACUAGAAACUCAGAGACGAUUCAAGUGAAAAAUGAGCUCACUUUACUGGUUCAGCAGAAACCCAAAAUCAGGGAGAAGGUUGUGAAGAAGGAAGUGGUGAGGCUUGAAAAGGAUCCGGAGAUGCUAAAAGCUGUUUUCACAUUCAAGAAUGAUCUUGCAGCGGAAGAAUCUCAUUGCCUGUCCCUCAAUAACAGUAUUUUCAGCAUUAGGAGCCAGAUAAACACAUUGGAGAGGGUCAUUCCCACCAUAGAACCAAUGGUUGUCACUAAGGUGGUGAAGCAGGUCCAACAAGAUCCAGAAUCGAUAGAAGAGUCAAACAAACUACGAAUGGCCUUAGAGGAGGAGAAAGAUGAAAAUGUUAUCUUGAUGAAGGACCUGACCACACUUCAGUUACGUUACGGUGAAGUAGAGAAGCUACGACCUAAAUAUGAGGUCAAAGAGGUCAUCAAUGAGAUUUUCAGAGUUGACCCUGAGACGGAAGUCGAGUUGUUGCGUCUGAGGAAUGAGAUGCAGGAUUGUGGUCGAAAACGCACAGAUCUGGAGCAUGAAACUGACAUGGUGAUGACCACGCUGACCACUCUGCGAGCUCAGAAACCCAAGAUCGAUUACAAGGAAGUCACCCAGGAGGUUAUCAAAGAAGAGAAAAGUCCAGAGGUCAUCAGGGAGCUGCAGCGCUUGAACAACCAAGUUUCACGUCUUCAAGUCAACUAUAACUCUACUCUUGAACUGCUGAUGCAUCUACGGAAAGAAAGGGAUGAUUUGAAAGUAGAAAAAUCCAAAGUGCAGACAAAGCUUGUGAAUAAAGAGGUGAUCAAAUAUGAGAAUGACCCGCUUCUGGAGAAAGAGGUCAACAGACUUCGGAGGACUGUUAGAGAAGAGACUCAACAACGACGUAGUGCAGAAGAAUGUGUUUUUGACCUUCAGAAUCAAUUCAUCAUGCUUGAGCGGCAGAAACCAGAGGAAAAGCUUGUGGUGCAAGAAGUGGUGCGUCUUCAGAAGGACCCCAAACAGAUCUUAGAACAUGAAAGGUUAAACAUGUCUCUAGAUGAGGAAGUCAAAGUACGUAGGAAGCUUGAAAUCGAGGUCAGACAACUCAGAGCACUGAUUCAAGAAAAAGAGAACACCGUGGCUCAGAUGGAUGAACGCCAGAAGAAGAUUCAAAUUGAGUCCGAGCUCAGGCACAUCAAAGCUCAGAUUCUUGAGCUGGAGACUACUCCAAAACCCGUUGAGGAAAAGAUCGUCAUUGAGGAGGUCCUGAAAGUGGAGAGGGACCCCAAGCUAGAGAAACUCAUCGAUGGUACGCGUGUUGAAAUGGAAACAGAAGGAAACCAAAUACAUCGCCUGCACAGAGAAAUCAGCAGCAUGAAGAUGAAGUUGGAAAUUCUAGAAAAGGAGAAGAAAACAGAGAAGAUUGUUUACAGGGAAGUUGUUCGUGUGGAGAAAGACCCAGCGGUGGAGGCCGAGAGGGAACACUUGAGAGAUCUUGUUGCACAGGAGAGAAAUAUGAGACGUGACAAGGAAGACAACCUUCAGGGCUUUAGAAUCAAAAUUAAUCACCUGGAGACUUCUGUAUCUGUAAUUACCCAAGAAGAGACCACCCUGGUAGCCAACAAAAAUAAUCUGCUCAGGGAAAAGGAGGAUCUUCUCAGACAGCUUAAACUGCUUGAAAGUCAAAGGCAGAAUAUCAGCAUCACUUUCCAGCAACAGUCAAAGCUGAUGAGUGAAAGAACCCAGAUGGCAAGGCAGAGGAGUCUCAAGGCAUCCUCUGAAAUACAAAGGCUGGAGAGAGAAAUCCUGAAUGAAAAAGACAAACACCACCAAAAAGAGGCGCUCAUCCUUGAACUAAAAGAAAGCAUUAGAAAAGACGACCAGGCUGAAACUCACACAAGAGAGACAAACCUUUCUACCAAGGUCACCAUCUUGGAUCCGGACACUGGUAAAGACUUGGCUCCGUAUGAUGCCUAUGUCAAAGGAUUAAUUGAUCGCAACCAGUACAUACAACUGUCAGAACUGGAGUGUGACUGGGAAGAAAUCACCUCCAUGGGACCGGAUGGGGAUACAACAGUUCUGCAGGAUCGUAAGAGUGGGAUGCAGUACUCUGUCAAAGAUGCCCUGAAAGAUGGCCGCUUGACCCAGUAUGAUGUGAUGCGCUACAAGGAUGGCAAAAUGCCCAUUUCUGAAUUUGCUCUUCUUGUGGCUGGAGAAACCAGAAAACCAUAUGUUCCACCAGUCACAAGCCCAAAGUCCCCUGUCAAAUCCUCCCCACUUUCUCCCAUAAGCUCCAUGCCUACUUCCAUGAGGUCCUCCUACACUAGUCUUAACAGUCAUAGUGGCAGUGUCAACAACCUCAUCGCUUCAUUAGCUGAUGAGCAAUUCCCAAUCUCUGGUAUUUUCGACACUACCACAGAAAGUCGCAUGUCUGUGAGAAGCGCCUUAACUCGUAAGCUCAUUGAUGCCGACACAGCUCUCAAGCUUCUGGAAGCGCAGGCAGCCUCAGGGGGAAUUGUGGAUCUCACCAAGAAAGACAAGCUAUCCGUCCACAAAGCAGCUGAACAUGGCCUCAUUGACAACGCGCACAUGUACAAGCUCCUGAACGCUCAGAAGGCCUUCACCGGGAUUGAGGAUCCUCUCACCAAAGAGCGUCUCUCUGUGGGUCAGGCGGCGCAAAAAGGGUACAUUCCUCAAGAAAACGCCCAAUGGUACAUUGAGGCGCAGUACCUGACUGGAGGGUUCGUUGAUCCCACUAAACCUGGCCGCCUCACUCUGCAAGAAGCUAAAGAAACCAAUGUGAUUGACAGCAAGACGGCUGAAGACCUGCAAAGCGGGUCUGCCUACACAAAAGUACUGGUUGACCCCAUCAGCAAGGAGAAGAUAUCCUACAAGCAGGCCAUCGAUCGGUGUAAGAAGGACGUCAGCACAGGACUCUUGCUCCUCCCAGCAGCCUCCAGUGACGAAACAGAUGCUCCAUCAUACUCCAACUUUCGGUUCAACUCUGCAAACAACAAAAUUUAGCACGUGCAAGCAAUGUCCCGGCCAUGCUUGGAUGAGUUUGGUGUAGAAGAACUUGCACAGAACCCUGACCUCAACCUAAUCAAGUCACCACCACACACCAGCAACCUCUGACCUUACUACUUGUUCUUCUGGCUAAACGGACACACUCCACCAUCUUAAGAAAGUGAAAGUGAAGAGUGAAAGCUUCUUUUGCAGCCACGGGGAGACUGAUACCACUCCAUAUUUUCUUUCAUCUUCACCUCCUGUAGGUACGGUGAUCAUGUUGCCAAAUACUUUGUCUAUACAGUGUAUAAGAACAUUUAAGGGAUAGGGAUUUUAAUUUUUUUUUAUGUGGAUCUGUUUUGGGUAUGAUUUUUGGGUUUGUGUAAAAAUCAGGGUAAUUUAUAUUGUUGUUCUUUCUAAGCAUUCUCAGAUAGGUGUCUGAGAAUCCACAAACCGUGUUUUCAUUUUACAGUCCUGUUUGUUUUUUUUACAAUAGUAUUUCCAUUACGACAUGUUUAUUGCAUAAAUGUGAAUCAUGCGUUACAGACAUAAUAAUAAAUGACAUACUUAAUAAUAAAGGACUUCAUAAGUCUUC